AGACCUCAAGAAAAGCUCGAUCGCUUAAUAUUUAAUGCUUUGUUUGAAUUGAAAUAGUCCCACAUGACAGAUAAACUCAAAAAUCUCCUCCAUCAUCAGUUCAUCACCAUUGAAAUUCAUUUUGCUUUACUCUUAAUAGCAACACAGCCCCUUCUGCCAAGAUAGCCUUAACCUCAAUGUCUGUCCAAGAGUUGUCCAUUAUUGGCAAAGAACCUCCGCAAAACUACUUUCAUAAAGGAAGUGAUGCUGGAAUUCUAGAUGCUUCUGUCCCUUUGAUCCAGAUUCCAGUAGUUGAUAUUGGUCUCCUCGCAUCUCCAUCAACCUGGACACAUGAGCUCCAUAAACUUCGAUCAGCUCUCAGCUCUUGGGGUUGCUUUCAGGUAAGAAAUCAUGGAAUGACAAGUUUGUUUUUGGACCAAAUGCGCCAAGUUGCCAAGCAAUUUUUCUCAUUACCAAUGGAAGAGAAGCAGAAAUACUCCAGAGAAGCUGAUAGCAUUGAAGGAUAUGGGAAUGACAUGGUUAUUUCAGAGCAUCAAACACUUGAUUGGACUGAUAGAUUGUAUCUUACACUAAGCCCAGAAGACCAGCGAAAGCUCAAAUUUUGGCCUGAAAAUCCUCAACCCUUCAGGAAAAUACUUCAUGAAUUUGCCAUGAAGUCACAGCAGAUAAAUGAAAUUCUCCUUAAAGCAAUGGCAAGAUCAUUAGACAUGGAGGAGAACUGCUUUUUGGAUCAAUAUGGAGAAAGAGCACUAGUGACUGCUAGAUUUAACUUCUAUCCUCCCUGUCAAAGGCCUGAUCAAAUUCUUGGGGUAAAACCACAUGCGGAUGCAUCAGCACUCACCAUUCUCCUGCCAGACAAAGAAGUGGAAGGUCUUCAGUUCCUGAAAGACAAGGAAUGGUUUAGAGUUCCUAUCAUUCCACAAGCUCUUCUCGUUAACGUUGGCGAUCAAGUUGAGAUAAUGAGCAACGGAAUAUUCAAGAGCCCAGUACACAGGGUGGUGACGAACUCCGAAAAGGAGAGGAUUACUGUGGCCGUCUUCUGCAUACCAGAUUCUGAUAAAGAGAUCAAACCAGCUGAUGCGCUUGUCAACGAAACGAGGCCAAGAUUAUACAAGAAUGUGAAAGAUUAUGUUAGUCUCUACUUCCAAUACUACCAACGGGGGAAGAGACCAAUAGAAGCAGCAAUGAUCUAAGUUUCUUCAUUUACUUUUAAUCCUUUGAUUUUUAACUUGUGGUUUUUGUUUAUCAGAAGUCCAUGCUGUAAACAAAGAGCAAACAGAUGGCAAUAAACUAUGUCGACUGAUCAAACCAACACUUUUAAUAAAAUUAAACUCUACUCUGUACCUA